GUGAGUUAGAUUUUUGUGAAGCUAUUGAUUCCUGCACUCUCACCACUUUGCUGUUUCUUUUUGAGAGACUCCAGAAGAAAGAGAGAAGAAUGGAGAAGUGUAAUUCUAAUUCCAGCAAAAGGAACAGGAAUAGAAUGGUUUUAGAGAGAGGGGUUGUUGGGCUUGGAAUAGUGGCAGCCAUGAGUGUGAGCAACAUCAACAACUCCACUGAUGUUGUUUCCUCUGCUAAAGCUGCUGCAAACUUUCGAGGAAGCAGAAGCUAUGGCCUUUUCCAUGCUUCCCCUCUCAACACUGGAACUCCUUAUUUUCUCAACUCCUGCAACCUUUGCCACAAACAUCUUCAUGGGGUCGACAUCUUCAUUUACAGAGGCGAGAAAGCGUUUUGCAGUGCACAAUGUCGUGAGGAUCACAUUAGAAACUACGAACAUCACAAUAAUGCCCUCAGAUCCACCUCAUCUACUGUGUCUGUGCCUAUUCUUGCAGCAUGAACCAACAAACUUACACAACAUUAUAAUGAAUCAGAUGCAAACUGCUAUUACUGUGUCUGUGUGAUUCAAAGAUGAAAUUAAGAAUCAGCACCAUCAACCUCAAUAAAUGUCUUUCAAGCUAAGCUUGACAGUCCCUCACCCUGCCACGAAAAUCGAUGGAAUAUUAUAAACAUUACAAGUAUAUUCCCCAGUGAUGCACCUGUCUUUUUCAACUCUGCAUUCUCUUCCAUAUUUUUUGGAUUUAUCUUCUUCAUCCACACUGUAUGCCAAACUCACCAAAUAUGUCUUUCAAUUUCAUUAGAUUUUUUCUAUUUCAUUUCAACGGCUGUAUUUAUUGGGUUUUUUUAACAAGU